GCGAGGGCACCGGCCGAGCCCCCGGGUGGGGGCUGGGGGGGCCUCGCGAGGGGGCAGGCUGAGCGCCUGCCGGCCCUGGCCACUUCCCACCCGCACUCGCGAGGCGGGUUGCUGCCCGCCCAGCUCUGGGAGUCGGAGUGGGCAUGUGCAAGGCGGCCGCUUGCCACCCCAUCUCCGCGCUCGCCCGCAGGGCUCGUUCAUGUGUAGGACUUAGUACUCAUCCCGAGGAUGAAGACGUUGUUGAACGGGCCGAGUGGAGCCGCUUAAACUUCUCGAGAGUGCCCGGUGUCCAACUUCACUGUUCCAAUGGAGGCAGUGAAGUUAUCAGCCCUCUAGGCUGGCUGUGCCGCCGGCACCUCUCGGGUGAAGUCCGCUCUGGCUUCCUCGCCAGGGCAGCUCAGGGCUGCCUUCACACAAAGAUUAGGGUGAACGCUGGCUGUCCUGGAACUGCUUUGUUCUUUGUUAGGUUGACUUUUUCGCCUCCUUGUAAGGUGGGAUUCCCCCAUAAGUGAGUAAAGGGUUCUGAUGUGUGUGGGGUGACUGCGGUGGAGGAGGAGCGUGCAAAGGCCAGGUGGAAAUCUUUGAUGGUCAUGCCCAGGCGAGGGAGGCGUCCAGGCUGGAAUGUAGCUUUGAGAAGAGCCAAUUGGUGGAGUCUGGAAGGAGUUACAGAAUGUCUGAAGGGGACAGUGUUGGAGAUUCUGUCCAUGGGAAACCGUCAGUGGUGUACAGAUUUUUCACAAGACUUGGACAGAUUUAUCAGUCCUGGCUGGACAAGUCCACUCCUUACACAGCUGUGCGGUGGGUUGUGACUCUGGGCCUGAGCUUUGUCUACAUGAUUAGAGUUUACCUGUUACAGGGCUGGUACAUCGUGACUUACGCCUUGGGGAUCUACCACCUAAACCUCUUCAUUGCGUUCCUUUCUCCCAAAGUGGAUCCUUCCUUAAUGGAAGACUCAGAUGACGGCCCCUCCUUACCAACCAAACAGAACGAGGAAUUUCGUCCCUUCAUUCGAAGGCUUCCAGAGUUCAAAUUUUGGCAUGCGGCUACAAAGGGCAUCCUUGUGGCUAUGGUGUGUACCUUCUUUGAAGCUUUCAACGUACCAGUGUUCUGGCCGAUCCUGGUGAUGUACUUCAUCAUGCUUUUCUGUAUCACAAUGAAGAGGCAAAUAAAGCACAUGAUCAAAUACCGGUACCUACCUUUCACACACGGGAAGAGGAGAUACAAGGGGAAGGAGGACGCAGGCAAGGCGUUUGCUAGUUAGAAGCUGGACUGAAUCUCACACGUACUCAACAACGGUUUUGAGCCAUUGUAACAAUGCCUUUCUCUUCACAUAAACUAGUUGAUUACGAGGGAGUCGGAUUUUCUUUUUAAAAAGGAGCCUCAAUGAUUUGUAUCUGAAAUACCAGGUUCUUGAAGAAACCGGCAUUUAAACCAAAUACAUUGAUUUCUUUUUCAGUGAUAGUCACGUUUCAAAUGGACAGAACUGUGAUAAACCACAGGCUUGGAAAGCCAGGUGGGUGGCAGCCUUGGGAGUGGGACAGGGAUGGGAGGGAGGCUCUUUUGAGUGAGCUGCCCUCCUGACUAUGGUGAGGCCGCUCUUCUGGGCCACUGGGACACACAAGUGUGAUUUCUCUGUGUGGGAAAGAAUGUAACACUUUUAAGGAUGACUUUCAAAUAACUCUGUGGGUUCUGACGCCAGUUUCUGAAUUUCAUCUCACUAGAGAUGUUUCCAGUUGACCUAUCAUGACUCAAAACUUUGUUCUUAACUACCAUGAUUGCUUUUGAGGGCCUGGAAUUAUAAAUAUAUAUAUAUUAUAUUUUAA